AUGGAGGUUUCAAGCGAGAAAGGCGAUGAAGAUGAGAUCAAGAAGUUUGUAGAUGCUCGCUGGGUCUGCCCGCAAGAGGCUCUCUGGAGAAUAUACAAGUAUCAGAUGAAUAAGAUUUGUCCACCUGUUGUCUCAUUACAAAUACAUCUCAAAUAUCAGCAAAAGAUUUUUCUUCCCGAAGGGCGAACUGUGCGAGAAGUGUUGAGGCGAGAGAAGGCAUCCCUACAAAGCUUAUUAAAUAUUAAUGUAACAACAGUCAAUGGAAGAGUUAAUGUUGUUUUAGCUCGCACUAACAAUUACUAUUUGAGACUUCUGCUGAAUAAUGUAAGGGACCCAACUUUUUUUGAGGACCUGCUAAAGGUAGGUUCUGUUACCUUUUCGAUGUACAGAGAAGUGUCCCAACAUCUUGAUUUGUUAGAAAGUGAUACUUCCAUGCGUGAUACACUUCUUGAAGCAACACAAGUGCAUAUGCCUUCGUCUUUGAGAAGGCUUUUCUGCACACUUUCUACUCUUGGUCCAAAUUUAAUGAAGAAAUAUAAAUUCCCAGCCAUCACCGAAGACGUAGGUACUUCAGGAACAAAUGAUUUGGUCAUGGAAGAAAAAUCAAUUCACAUUCCUCCAGAAGAUUUAUCGGCUAUUGGCAGGAUAAACAACGACCAGAGGCAUGCAUUUGACAGGGCAGUGAAAUCCUUUAAUCGGUGCGAAAGUUCUAUAUUCAUUAUUGAUGGUCCGGGUGGUUCAGGGAAAACUUUCCUGUACAGGACGAUACUGGCCUUUCUAAGAACUGAAGGACAUAUUGCAAUUGCAACGGCGACAUCAGGAAUUGCUGCAACCAUGAUGCCAAGUGGGCGGAUCGCUCAUUCUAGGUUCAAGAUACCCGUACCAGCUGACUCAACAUCUACGUGCGACAUACCGUGA